AUGGGGAGUCUCACCGAGCUGCUGCUGGCGACUUUAGCUGCUUGCUCGCACCCUUGCGCACGCAGAUCGUGUGGUCUUCUGUCUCUUUCGCCAACAAAGGACCCGUCCAAGAAUGCCCAAGCAGAAGCGCAGAUUCGACAGGCUGAACAGGCCAGCGUCGACCAGUACUUCACAGCCCUUGCACAGGAGCUGGCAAACACGGAGAAGCCUGUCGUUGCUCGGCAGCUUGCAGGACUUCUCCUGAAGAACGCCCUUGCUUCCAAGGAUCCCGCGAAAGAUCGCGACCUGAAAGCGAGAUGGGCGAACCUGCCGGCCGCGAGCCGGAACUUGGUCAAGGAGGCCACCACCUCCGCGCUCAUCAGCCCGCAAACGGAUGUGGGCAAGGCGUCGGCGCAGGUCUUGGCCAAGAUAGGGGCCAUCGAGAUUCCCUUGGUACAGUGGCCUGGCCUCGUACCGCUUUUGCUGGGCCAUGUGACCAAUACCGACGUCAGAGCCAGACAGAUCUCACUGGUGUGCUUGGGCUACUUGUGCGAAGACCUGGUGAUCGUGCAGGAGGAGGGGACCAAUAUCGGGGAUGAUAUUGCCAACAACAUCCUCACGGCUGUUGUUCAGGGAAUGCGGGACACCGAGCCGCAGACGAAGCUGGAGGCGACUCGAGCAUUUUAUCACGCGGUGGUUCUGGCGAAAAAGAACUUCAAGAACCAAGUCGAGCGCGACGUGAUUAUGGGCGUCGUGAAUGAAACCUGCCGCUGCAACACGGCGCCCGAAGUCCAGAUCGCAGCCUUUGAGUGCCUCGUGCAGAUUGCCACGGAGUACUACGACUUCCUCAUGCCGUACAUGAAUGGCUUGGGCCCUUUGACGUGGGAAACCAUUAAGUCAUCUCCAGAAAAGGUAGCGAUUCCAGCUAUGGAGUUCUGGUCCACCAUCUGCGAUGAGGACUCUUUCUGUCUUCGGCGAGCUCGUGAGUCGAUUUUCUGGCGCCGCAGCCGCGGAAAGGAGCUCUACCUCAUGGAUUUGGUAGAGGCAGGCCAAGCGGGUGGCCGUGCUUCCUUGAACCUCAUCCAGCAGGCCCUGAGCUUCCUGGUGCCGCUCCUGACCGAGCUGGUGCCCAAGAACCGGACGCUGACCAAGCGCCAGAGCGAGGACGACGACGACACCUGGAACCUGGCUAUGGCCGCAGGCACCUGCUUGGCGCUGGUAGCACAGGUUGUCAGGGAUGGCUGCGUAGACCUGGUGCUGCAGUUUGUGCACACCAACUUCCAGAAUCCCGAUUGGAAGUUUAGAGAAGCGGCGGUCUUGGCAUACGGCUCCAUCAUGGAGGGACCGACCAGCGAGAAGAUGAGACCGAUGGUCGAGCAGAGCCUCAGCCACCUGGCGGUCCUCGCUCUGCAGGAUCAGAGUGUCGCGGUUCGCGACACCAUCGCUUGGACCCUGGGCCGUAUUGCCCAGUUCCAUCCCACCAUAGUUCCAGUCAAGCAGCUCAUGCCGCUCCUCUGUGAGAGGCUGCGGGAUGUCCCGCGGGUCUCUGCCAACAUCUGCUGGAACGUGCAGGAUGGAGGUGCCGAUCGCUUGCCGCGAUGGGAUGAGAGAAGCCGGUUUCUCACGCGAAGCGCCGACGAAGGAGAAGGAGGGCCCCGCGCUGAAGCCGCCGAAGCCGCCGAAGCCGCCCAGCGACAGCUCCUGGGAGACUUCAGGGACCUGCACACCGAGCAAUCCGAGCGUGAGCGUGACGAGCGAGAGUUGGAGCUCCAUAGAACAGAGCUCCAAGAGCAGGAGCUUGGCCUCGGGCAAGAGCGCCUGCUUCGUCGAGCCCAGGCUCUCUUCUGCCGCAGCUGGACGCUUGGGCUUGCAGCUUUGCUCGGGACGGUGGGCGUGGUCCUUGUCUUCGUGGGACUGGUUGAUCUGCUGAUGCUGUCGUCGGUGGCGCAGGGCGUGUGUGUGUUGGCCGGCUUCGAGUACCCAGACGGGUAUCCAGACGAAGAGAGGGGGCCAAAUCAGACGUUCUCCUUGCACCCAUGCCCCACCACUCCAAACUGUCUGUUUCAGGUGGAUGUCAGGCUACCCACGGAGCUUCGACGAGCGCGCUUCUUUCAGCCCCCCUUCGAGAUCCCAAACCACGCAACGUCGGGCGAGGCUUACACCGAGCUGCCGCUUCCUGGCGGCCUCAGCUGCUGCCCUUACACCCCCAAGGACUGCUGCGACUGGUACAACACGCAGACGCGGCUCUUCUGUGACUCCGGCGAUGCCGAGCUUAAGGCGGCGGGCGUCGGCGGCGUCGGCUGCUCCAACUUGACGUCCACUCCCUGGCCGUGCUUUCUUCGCGAGCUUGCACCCCCUCCGGCAUCCAGCGACUUUUUUCUGUCGCAGUUCCAGCUCGAUGGGGGGCAUUUGGAGGUCGGCAGCAAGUGGCGCUCGGCGUUUCUGGUGCUGGAGGGCUCCCUGUUCGCUUUGGCAGGGCUCUGCCUGCACACCUUCUUCGUGAGGCCUUCGGUCCGGCAAAGGGUGGACGCCUUCUGCGCGCACGCGCUGCGGCGCCUGGAGAGGCGCGUGAACGGUGCGUUGCUGGCGCUGGUGACCCGGCUGCCCCGGUGGCUGCGCGGCGAGGCGGCCAAGGAGCUCCUGUGGGAAAGCGAGGCGGCGACGACGUUGCAGCGGGCCUGGCGAAGAAGGCGGCGCAGGCUCGAGCGGCUCUCCAUGGCCGAGGCCGUGGCCCUGGCCAUGGAGCGCAGGAGCAGCGUCCUGGCCUACCGCGAGGGGCUGCAACUCGCGGGCACGUGCUCAUGGAGAUCGGUGACUUCCAGUCCCACGUCCCGGGAGGAGUCCUACCCUUCCGAACGGCCCGCGAAGGAUCCGGGCCCCGAGGGGCUGCUGUCGAAGCCGCCGCCCUCGGCCCGGAACAGGAGGCUGCUUUUGGACAGCGGGAGCCUCCGAGACUUCCGCCGCUUCGUCCGCGUGCGAGUGGCCAGCUCCCCCUGGGAGCAGCUUCGCCUGGAGAUGGUCCUGGAGCCGGGGGCGCCCUCCCUGGGCCUCGUGGCCCGCGCUGUCCGAACCUCGGGUCCUCCGGAGGUGUGCCGGGUGGUGCCCUGCAGUCCUGCGGAGACCUUUGGUGUGAGGUGUGGCUUCCUCCUGCUCCUGAUCGGCCGCAUGGAGUGGCCCAGCUUUCCAGCGAAGGAGAUGAUCGAGGAGCUCGCCAGCAGCCGGCGUCCGCUCUGCCUCGUCCUGCAGGCUCCCGCGGCCCCCGCGGCCGCGGCGCCCUCGGAGAAGCUCCGAGAGGCGGGCCAAGGUCGGAGCACGGAGGUGCCGCCACCCCCGCCUCCAUUGCCGCCGCUGCGACCUCCGCUGCAGCCCCCGCUGCCGUUGCAGGCUCCAAGCCCAGUGGAGCCCCCACCAGCGCUUCACCCGCCGGGCUCCGUUGAUCUGCGUGUUUCAGACGCCGUCGCGGUCUCGUCGCGUCACUCACCGGUGCCCUACAGGUGCGAGGGUCGCAGCGAGCGGCGCUUCCCCGAAGCGGCCAGGUCGCGGCCGAAGAGCGCCGACGCGUCCUCCAUGAGACUGCAGGAGCGGCGACGGAUGGAGGUGCAGGUGCUGUGCCUCGGGGAAAGAAGAGGCCAGGUGCAGGAGCCAAGGCGCAGCGUGACUCCCGCACUUCGGCCUCGCCACGCGGCUCGUGCGUGCCGCGCCACGGGCGACCGUGCGAGCGCACGAGCAGUGGGGCGCAUCAGGCCGUCUUCGGCUGCCCCCACUCUGGGUGUACAAGCACAGGGCCCCAAGGUGAAGACUCAGACUGCGGUCCAAAGGCCGGCCUCGGCGUCCCCGGCACUGGCAUCCCGUCGUUCCAGUGGAGGCGGAGCCUGCGCUGCCUUCGACCCGUCUCCGCCAAAGGGGCCUUCCCUUCCCCGCGAGGAAGUGGACACUAAGGCCGGCUUCGGCUCUCGUCGCCCGGCAGCGCGUCCCGAAGGCUCUGACAAGAACCACGCGUGGUGUUUCACUUGUGGACUUGUGGAGGUUCUUGCUGAGGCACAGACCGGGGGCAUCGCAGGGCAGUACCCCGACGCGACUCCGUUGUCCGAGUUUUUCACCGCGAUCGCCACGGCGCUCUUGGAGGUGGUCGCGAGACCCGAUGCGGACGAGCGUCAGCUACGCAUGGCGGGGUACAAUGCUCUCAGCGUCCUCGUCAGCAAGGCAGGCAACGACUGCUUGCCCCACAUGCAGGCCUUGACGCAGGAGGGGAAGAUCUUGCCCCAGGCGCCCUCCUUUCAGGUCGCGCGCGGUGCUGCAGUUAUUCCCAGAAAGCUGGCGGCUCUCGUGAGUCAUCACGGCUCUGGUUUUCCCCGCGCCCCCUCAGCGCGUAUGGGAAGAGGAAAGAACCCGAAGAAGAACCAGCAACAGACCGCCCAGCAGUCAUGGGGAAGUGCAGAUGGUGGUCCCUGGCGUAUCUGGCAUGGGGCGUAUUCUCCACAGGCGCCAAGGACUCCCAAAGCCCCAUGGCACAGAUCGCAGCAAAGGCAGCAGGAGCCAACGAUUCCUGGAUAUACUUCGGUGGUCGUUCGCAGCGACAGCGGCCCAUCUCAGAUGGAAAGCGGCAAUGCAGCGUCGUCUGUGAAUGCCCAGCCGGAUCGCCUUGUGCCGUCUACACAGACGGCCCUCAAUGCGACGAGAAAAGCGGAGAGCCGAGUGAUCAAGCUGCAGGCCGCCCGGAAGGAAAGGGCGGACCAGUGGUCUCUGUACGAGAAGAAGCUCAAAGCCACGUACCAGAGAGAGCGCACCCGGUACCAGAAGGACCAAGAGGAUCUCUUCAAGGAAAUCACCGAGGCGGAAGCAGCUCAAGAGGAGGCUCGGGCGACCCUUCGAGCGGUCGUGGCACAUGGCCGAGUGGUUGCCCAACCGGAGGACGUUUCCAUGGUGCCGUCUACAGCGGAUGCGGUUUUUGCAGAGUGGGCUGCCGAGGACCAGGAGACGACGCAUGUGCCGGCAAGGACGCCGUACAGGGGUGCCAAUCUGGCGAGCGCCGCACUAGCCCCUGCCGCAGCGCUGCCCCAUUUUGGGAUGGACGGCAUGGUGUCCGCCGGAGGGAUUGGAACUCCCCCAGCAGCAGCCUUCGACCCCUACCAGAUGAGCAUGCCAAAUACAGCCUCGCCGGGAGACACUGGGCCUGCUGGCCUACCAGGGGCGCCGGGCCUUGUUGCCAUGGAGAGGAGAGACUUUCGCGCCGACGUGCUCUCGAACCCUUUGGAGGGCGACUUGCUGCAGAUGCACCGAUCGAGCAGAAGACGCAUCGAGAUCGUGGCAGACGAUGGCGACGAGCUGGCUACGUUGGAUCUACCGGACGUGCACGCUGUACAGCAAGGUGUACAUUUUGGCGUUGUAGGCCCCGCCAAGCAUGCUCCAGGGAAUUUUGCCUUCGCCCUGUCGAGCCAGUUGGCUGCUGUCCCCUUCUGGGGUGUCAUUCUUGGACUCAUUUGGGGUUUGUUGGCUGUCUGCGUCAGACAGCGCGAUGACUUGGCAGGAGCCAUUCAGUUUUGGCGCAACCUUGUUGAGAGGGGAUUGCUGUGCUGUUGGCCCAGUGUCGAGGUUCCUUAUGUUCUGAGGAAUGCCCACGACGGGGCACGUGCAUGUCUGGCCCUGGGCUUGCUUAUAGCCGUGCAACUAGGCUGUGCAGCCCCCAACGGAGAAUGGAUAGAGCAGCAGGCCAUCUCUGUGGGAUGCAUCCUCCAGUGUAUUUGCCUGCGCUUUCUCUGCCUCAUGCUAUGCCGAAAGACCGCGUCUUCAGGUGCCCAUGGCCUCACCAUAGGCAGGUGCACCCUUUUCAGGCGCGAUCUGCUUAGAACUUGUGCACGGAGGACACGGGGCAACCAUGAUCGGGAACUGAAUGUGAGCCCGUUGACACGCGGGCCCGUUGAUGGACCCAGCCGUUUCCAUCCGCACGUGCCUUCUCACGCGGGGAAAAGGUACUUCCGUACUGUUGGCCUUCUUGUGUUCGGGUUCUCAUGUUUGCCCACUGCGGUUUCCAGCCCUGCCCAGUGGACGCAGCUUGCCCCUUGGCUUGCGGUCGCUUACCUGCCCGACCCGGGCAUAGCCAUGACGGCGCCCGGAUCAACCGAAGAGCCGAACAGCGGCACCACACCGCGACCUCGUCGCCCACACGACAUACCUGUCGAGGAGUUAGUCACGUACACGGGUCCAGCCUGCGAGCAGCCUGGUGUGCAGCCCCUGCUGAUUGCAGACAGAUAUGCCGAUGUGCCCUGGCUGUGUGCCUUCGAAGACGCUUUCCACGUGCCACCUACGGUGCAACUUUCAGCCCAGGAGGAUCAAGAACCAGACCGAUGGUUUAGUGGUGUCGUGUACACGCCUUAUGUGAGGCCUGUGCCAAUAGCGAUUCGCUGCAAGCCAUACCAUGGCCUGCAGCACUGCCUUGACAUCAUCACCGACGGUGCGCCUGGUGUCGACCCUUACACCUAUAACAUGUGUGUUCCUACAAGGCCACAAAGGUUCCCAGGUGUAGGCUCGUUUUUGCGGUUUCCGAGCUCCGCUCGGGGCGGCGAAGGCCACCCGCUUGCAGCAGUCCUUCUCGACCUGACAAGGACGGGAGGCAAAUAUUACGCAUGCUACCUCCCUCGGAGGCUGCCAUAUGCCGAAGCCCUCCAAUUUAUCUUGCCACAGACUGCAGAUGGUGUUGAGCCAGAAAUCUUCAUUGGUAACAGUGUUCGGCCGCUGGUACCUGGAAAUGAUUUGCCUCUCUGCGAUGGUGACGUCAUUUGUGUGCUAUGCAGAGGACGCCCCCGGCCAGUUGAGUGCACAGCUGAAGAAACCAUCGCCAACCGCGAGCGGUGGAACCACCCAUGCCAGCUCCCGCGCUUAACACAGGAGGAAGGGGUGCUGUUGCAAUUUGAGUCUCAACAGGUUUUCGUCCCAAGGCAUCACCACUAUGGCAAUACUGUGCUUGAAGCUGCCGCGGAGAUUUUUCGGCGCCCUGUGGAUGCCUUAACUUCCUGUGCCUUUCGAACACCAGACCUGGAGCUCCAAGGUGACUGGUGCUCACAUGUGGUUGUUCUGGUCGACAUGAACCCCGCUGAGGCGCAAAGGCAUAGGCGGCGUAGAAGGCAAGAUCUCUUUACUCUGUGUGAUUUUCGCCUUGUUGGGCACCGCAUGUGGGCUACGCACAGCCACGUUCCUUGCAUUCACAUCCCGACUCUUGCGGCACGCUUUGACAUUUAUGUCCCCAGAAACACCCGGCUUGCGGCCACUGGCGCCGAGAGGCAAGGUGAUUUGCUCGGGUACCAGGAUCACUGUGUUCUUGUCUUCUACCUUGAGCCAUCCACGGAUGAGGAAGACGAUGACAGCUCUGAGGUCAGGCACCAGGUCAACAACGCACUCAACGACGUCAAGCUUGGCCUAACAGCAGUGUCGCAAGGCGGAGAUGAGUUUGUUCCCUGUCUCAGCCAACCCGCCCCGAUGCUGAGCAUGCCCGACAAGGUCGCUGAGGGCGGUGGCGAGAUAGCCGACCUUGACAGGGCCACCCCGUACCAGGCACCUCACCCGGUGCACCAUGCCCCGCUCGACGAAGUCGGAGCUAUCGAAGAAGAUGGCGUCAGUACGCCAGCCAUGUGCUUGGUGUACGCUCCGGGAUAUGUGCCUGACAUCAUUUAUGUGAACUUGCCCAUCCCCUGCAGUGUAAGUCGCGCACUGGAGCACUGCAGCCGAGGCAGAGAUCAAGGUCAGGCCGAAUGUUUCGACCAGAUCUUCCCAGCGAUGCCACAGCCGUCAUCGAAAUUGGCUGUGAUGGUCGCCCUCCCAUCUUGGGUUACGGACCGUGUAGCCGUCUUGUUCAACUGCAUCGCGGUCAACCAGACACUUUUCGCGGCUGCGGUCUUUGCCCGUAUGAACAAGGCGUCCCUGAUUUCGGCAGCAGGCCUCACGCGCAAUGGUGCGCUGCAGGCCUAUGGCGCCUUCGAUGUUUACUUACAUGGUCUGCUGCAGCCACUGGAAGACGACCUGUGGGUCGAUAUCCGGUCCGGCAUGUCAGUCGUUUGUGUGCCUUCAGGACAAUUCCCUGGGCGAGGCUGGGAUUUGGCCGAAAUGCUGCAGGAUGCUGCGGAGUGGGAAUCAGAACCGGAAAUCCCAGGAACAGUCAUCGAUGUCACACAAGGGCAGGUCGUAAAGGUCGAAUUUGUCGAGGAAUCGGAUGGUAGUUCUGGGGUCGACUUAGCCUCUGUAGGCCUCGAGUCUUUCGACGCUUUAUCCGACGACAAUAUGGACCCUGUGGAGCCCCCAGUAAGCGAAGCUGCACCGGAGCCUCUGAGUCAGGUCCCGGACGACGAAGUGGCCCCAGCCACCGGAGGGGCGGCGCCCGACAGAAGCCGCUCCCCGCGAGGCAGCCAAGAAGCCGCCCCAGUCUUCAACGAGUGUACCUUCGCGUUGCUUUCACCGGGGUUUGCCAUAGAAACGGUCUCUGUGCGAAUGCGCCUACCCGCGACUAUCCAUCAUGCUGCCAGGGCAAUUCAGGCGAGCAGAGCGGCGGAUGUCGCGUGUGCAUUCCCCCUGCUUUUCCCGGCCAGAUUCCAACCUGACCUCCGUUGGGGACUCUUCCUCGCUGCCCCCAUUUGGAAAUUCCGGGGUUCGAUUGUCUGCAUUGACAUGUUCGCCCAUUGGGGACGGGUUUUCGCUGUAAUUCUGCCGGAUGUCACCAUCCGGUCGAGAGUUCUUAUUGCGGCUGGCCUCUCCCCUGCUGCCGAAGUCGAUAUUUUUCUCAAUGGAGACAACUCCGGCAUUGGCGAUGGUGACCUUGAGGUCAGAGAUGGCGAUUGCCUGUCCAUAUUUUGGCAGGGCAGCACAGUCCCGGGCUCGCUCACGCUGAGCGAGCUACUCACCACUGAUUGGGUCUGUGGAGGUGCCCCUGCUUUUCAUGUCAGCUCUGCUCAUGAUCACUAUCUUCUGGUGAGCGCGAGCGCGACCCGCCUGUUUGCCCUAAUGCCGCAGCGAUCACAGUACUACCGAGCAGACAUUGCGUCACGUGUGGACUGCGACCCGAGGGAGCUGUUACUCACUCCCAGUCAGCCGCAGGUAGGGAAUGCCACCAUGCAUGGAUUUUCUUGCCGGUCUGUCGUUGCCGCCUUGAAGGUAGGACACCUCCCGAUGGGACAAGGCUUUUGUGUUUGCUUUCUUGACGCCAGAGCUCUUCUGCAAGAUUGGCAAACAGCCCUUACACUGGACGGAUGGUUGCAUGCACCGACUGCCACUGCCGCGUUGGGAGUCGACCUGCCAGAAGGAUGGGAGGCAUGCAUCGACGGUGUUCCCAAAGACCAAGAGUGGAUCUCCUACACUGCAGGCACCGUUUUCAAGAUCGCUGCCUGCCCUAACCAUCUUCAACCCGGCCAUUCGCCUGCGAUUGGGGCCUUUGCGCAGUGCCUCCCCGACGACCCCUUCGCUUGCCUUCCAGAGGACGGCCGCGUGACCCCGGCAGUAGCGAGCAAUGCACGGGAGCAAGGCGGUGCUGAGUGCACCACAGUCUUACCUGCCCAGACGUACAUGCGGAGGUUUCUCUUUCAACAAGACACCCUUUCCACGGGUAGAGAUGCCCCUGCCUCUGUUUCCCUGGCAGACAAGACGAGUGAGCCAGCUUUCCAGAAAGGCAGUUGGGGCCAUGUCGUAUCCCGGGACCAGGAAACAGGCACGGAGAUUGGAGACAGCACGUUGGCUGCCGAGCGCGUGAGUUUGAAGGCCCGCACCCCAUCGCCCUUGACAUUGCGCGUAUACCAACGCCCUGUCGUGCGUGGGGCGGGAGGCCAGUUCCGCAGGAGCAUUUUGUGGCACGAAGGGUACCUCUCUCCCUCAAUGAGCUGGUCGAGCCCCCACGCCACACUUGGCUCCGACUUUGAUAGGCUUGUCCAGAGUGACGGCACGGAGUUUCCGGAGGGACUUGUGUGCUUCACAGACGGAUCUUAUACACCAGCAUUGGGUCACAAGCCGGCGGAGAUGGGAUGGGCGUGUGUUUUUGUCAACAAGCAUACCCGCACCUGUGACGUCAUUGCUGGGCAGAGCCCUCCUUGGUGCCAAGGUGAAGAUGCCGGGAAAUCGGCCUUCAGAGCUGAAUGUUGGGCUAUGGUUGUUGCCUUGUGGCUUGGAAUCUCCACGCAACAAGGUGGAGCCCUCAAUAUCUGUGCGGAUUGUCAGGCGGCAAUCGCGAUUGCCCAAGGCAAUGUAGCGGUCCAGGCGGGGGGCGUUGCUACCAUCUUGGGCCAUGUUGCAGGCUGCUGUAGGGAUGCUGCACAUGUUCAACCGAGAUUUACCUAUGUACCGGGGCAUAAGGGAAUUCUUGGCAAUGAGCUGGCAGACCUUGCGGCUAAGUCAGCUGCAGCUGGCGCAAGCAUUGGCAGCCUUUCUUGGCAGCAUGUUAAAGAUCCGGGGUGGUGGAAAGCGCAUGGCAUGCUCUGGUCCUGGGCCGGCAUUGUAUGUAGGUGGGCACGAGGGGACGAUGCUCUACCAUCCCCCUUUGCAACGGACAUCAGCCGAGCGGGGCACUCUGGAGGCCUCUCGAAUGAGGCAAUGGUUGCCCCUUUCCUCCCUCCGGCAGGUACCGAUGACGUGCAACAACGUACCGGCCGUCUCGAUUUGGUGAUUGCGUCGUACAAUGCACUUUCCCUGGCAACAGGCAAGAAAGGUGAAGCCGAGGUUGGCCUUGCGUACCAGCCAGCACGCCCCGCGCUUUUAGCGCAGCAAUUGUGUCAAGCCGGAGUUGCUGUCGCUGCCAUCCAAGAAGCCCGAACGGAGGAAGGGCAGCUCUCUACCGGCGACUUUUUCAGGUUCAGCUCUGGUGCCCAAGCAGGACAUUUUGGGGUUGAACUUUGGUUCCGCAAGCACCACCGUGUUGUGUCUUUCGCGGACCCCUCCAGGGCAGACAUUACCUUUGAGCUGGCGUCCUUCAUUGUGCUUUUCAAGGACCCGCGUCGGCUUGCGGUCCUCUUUAAGCAAGGCGUGCACCAGCUCGUUUUUGUCACGCUCCAUGCCCCACACAGAGGGCACGACCCGGACAGGAUUUCCUCUUGGUGGGCGGAGACUGAGGCCCUCCUAUUCCGCGCUACCCGCGGCAGAGACUUGAUAGUCGGGGCGGACUGUAACGCUAGUGUUGGUUCUGUUGAAUCGGACAGUGUUUCGAGCUGCGGAGCGGAGGAGCAAGACCUCGCAGGCGAGAGGAACGGAGCCCUUGCGCGGCCCGACCUGGUCCUUUUACCCAAUGCAUGGGCGCAAGGUCGUAUAGUCACAUGGACCGCCCCCAGCAUAACGGCGGGCAACAUGGUCCUUGAUCACCUCGCCACCCUGGCGAAAGUGGAGGUUCGCAUCAGGCCCAACUGGGGAACAUCUGCGCACUCUCAUGUGGCGCAGAUCACGGCAUACCUCCAAGAGGAGCUCAGCAAGGCUUUCCCAAGGAAGCCUAAGGUCUCGGAGGCCCUGUAUGGUUUCCGUCUAGGCGUGAUGGCGCGAACUCUGAAGGCCCGGUGCAAGGCGGACCGAACUGCCUACACGGAACGUCUUGCUGACGACAUUCAGGAAAACCGCCCGCAGGCCUAUGAGGCCGUCAACGCACUCCUUUGCCGUCGCAGACGGAAGCCAUUCGCCCCGGCGGUCUUACCGGGCGUUGAAGACAGCAAGGGUCAGCUCUGCGAGACCCCUGAAAAGACUAUGGGCCGGUGGCGUGAGCACUUCAGCGCUCUUGAAGACGGCAUCGAAGUGGAUCGCAGCGAGUUGGUCUCGGAGGCUCUAAGGAUCGAAGGUGCCAGCUGGCCGCAGCCGCCUUCGCUUGCCGCCAUUCCGUCCCCCUUCGAGCUUCGCAAUGCACUGCUUAUUGCAAAGCGGGGUAAAGCUUCAGGUCCGGACUCCCUUCCAGGGGAGUUGGGCCUGUUAUGCGCUGAUGCUGUGCAGCGCCUUCUUUUCCCGCUGGUGUUGAAGUUAGGCAUUCUGCUUCUAUCCACCUUAUGCAAGGCUAUUCACAGGGCGUUCAGGCCGCAGAUUCAGCGCCACUUUGAAGCCCAGGCCUCGCCCCUGCAACUGGGGGGGCGCAAAGGCGGUUCAGUAGUCUUUGGUUCCCACGCAAUGCGCACGUACAUGCGUUGGAAAGCCAAUUGCGGCCUCACGUCUGCCGUUCUUUUUGCGGAUGUCUCCUCGGCGUACUACUCUACAGUGCGUGGGCUGGCCUCCCGCAACCCCGAGCAUGAGCCGAUGUGUCUGGACCAGGCCGGGGCGGCAGCCAGGGGGGGUUUAGUGGAUGUUGAGGAAACCGCCUUGGACGAGCAGAUGGCACAACCCUCGGCCUUGGCUCAGGCGGGUGCGCACCCAUGGUUAAGAGCUUUGACAGCGGCCCUUAACUCCGGAACCUGGAUGCAUCUCCGCGGCGAUGAGCAGCCGAUUAAAACCCGGCGCGGCACACGCCCCGGUUCAGCGUGGGCCGAUUUGACUUUCGGCGUCUUGAUGAAAAGAAUUAUGGGCCUGCGUGACCGGUACCGUCAGACAACACCGGGGGCCAGCAGAGCGGCUUCCGUGCCGUGGGACGGUUCAAGGCACUGGGGCCCCCCUGGAGAUAUUGUCGCACAUCCUCUGCUUGAGGACAUCAUAUGGGCAGAUGAUGUGGCUGCUUGCUUGGAAGUGGCAGACGCAUGCAGUGCAGCGCACACCGUUGGGGUGGAAGCAGGCCUGCUUGCAGAUGCUUUCUCGAUCCACGCUCUGGAGCUCUCUUUCGGUCCGCGCAAGACAGCGGCUAUCAUUAGCCCGAGGGGAGCUGGUGCGCGCACAGCCAGACGGCAGAUCUACGGAGGGAAGCCUGAAAUCCACAUAUGGCGCGAAGAAGCAGGUACCAAUGUGCUUCCCGUGGUGGACUCCUACAAACAUUUGGGGGUCCUUCAAGCGAGGGAGGGAUCCAUUCAUCCCGAGCUGCAGCAACGCCGAGCGGCUGCUUGGACUGCUUUCAGAGAGGGGCGCACCAAGCUCUUCCGGUGCAGAAGGAUUAGUCUGCGGCGUCGCGGCUCCCUGCUCAGCGCGCUUGUGCUCAGCAAGCUGUUCUUCGGAGCAGGAGCAUGGCCGCCCUUGAAAGGAGGGGAGGCCAAAACGAUAGCCGGGGCCACCUUCUCCUUGUAUCGCGCUGCCCUGGGCAUCAAGGCCAACGCGGACCAGCAUAUCUCUGUCGCCACUGCCUGUAGUUUGUUGGGGUUGCCAGAUUGGUUUACGCAAAUCCGAAUCGAACAGCUCCGCUACCUCAAUCAGCUGUGCAGGUAUGCCCCAGACACGGUGUGGGCGCUUCUACGGAAUGACGCUCCGUAUAUGGCUCUUCUGCGUGAUGCACUCUCUUGGUUAUAUCGCAGGAUCCGGGACACGUCGACUCUCCCAGACCCCUUGCUUGUUUGGCAGCCUUGGCUUGAUGUCAUACGUGACAGGCCAGGAGUCUUCCGUGGUAUGAUACAGCGCGCGAAGGGCUUGGAAAUCUGCCGGGCCGCAUGCUAUGCCGCGUUGCAGGCAGUGCACAAGAUUCUCCUGACACGGAGCGCCGGAGCAACAGAGGGUGGCGAACGAGCCGAUGAUGCUGUGUUUACCGAUGCGUGCAUCCUGUGCAAGAAAGCCUUUGUCUCCAGGGCAGCAUGGGCAUGUCAUGCCUCAAAGCUCCAUGGCUACAGGAUCGCUGCGUCCAUCUUAGCGGGGGCCGAGGGCGACACCUUGUGCAAGGCAUGUGGGAAGGUUUUCGCGCGACCUGCGCGUCUUCGUCGGCACCUCUUGCACUCUGCCGCAUGUCGCACUCGAUGGGGCGCCUUCAAACCGGAGGGCGAUCAGGUAAUGCCCAAAGUCCAUGACUGUCUCCCUCCUUUGACCAUCGAAGGGAUUAUGCAAGAGUGUCAUCAGGACCUCGAUCCGGCUUCGUAUAAUCGGGGCUUGUAUGAGGCCCUUGAAGCAAUGGAUGAGCCAUCCCCAGAGGCUGCUUGGGUUACUGUGUGUGACUUUGUAGAGCCGCUGUGUGUGCUACGGGAGACAGUCCGACUCUGGGGUAGCAGCCCUAAUGCCCCUGUAAACGUAGCGGAGAUUGUGCAGGAUGUCCUGCUCAUGCUGGAUCCUUACCUGAUCGGCGACACCUUUUGCAGGCCAAAAGGGGAACACUCGAUUGCAGAUUGCUUUGCCGACCUCCCAGGCCCCCUGGAUUCGGGGAUGCCCUUCAUCCUCACCGGACCUACCGCGUGCUUCUCCCUCGAUAACCCGCCGUGCCCUGCCUACGCUUUUCCCUUCAUCGGCGGUGCUCCUCUGUCUGGUGUCAAACGCCAGACCGCCUUUGUGGAAGCGGCUUGCGAAUCGGUAGGCGACAGGAGAAACGGGGCCCAAGGCAUGAGGACGAACGACGAGGCGAUGGUGGCGGGUGAGGAUAGACACGGAUCGGCGAUGCCAGCGGCGACGUCGAGGAUAGGAGUCAGAAUGAGGGUGGAGAUAAUGGGGGAGGAUCUUGAGGAGAACGGUGCCGAACCCCUGCUCCUGCAGGAGAUGUUGAAGCACUUGCAAGCAUCCUACAAGGACAGGGCCUCAGGCUUUGCAGAUGAUGUGGCACGUGCAAUGAUCGGUCCGGUGUUGCUUCUGCGCUGCCACACCCAGUCCAUCGACCGCGAGUGCGAGUUGCAGGGCUACAUCUGUGGGGUGCUGACUUCGCUUGCGGCCGGCUCAGAAGCCUCCGCCCACGUCGCCCCGUCUGCGGCCUGGUGGCUGAUACGUCUGGCAGGUGUCGCGUCUCAGGCGCGUGGCGAUGCGUGGUGCGUGGUGCGUCGCCGUGCAAGUCUUUCAACCGGAGCUCUGGACAGGGAGAAGGUCGCUAUGGCGGCCAACCAGAUCAUGGAGGAGGCGCUGAAGGUGAUCUCGGCCUAUCAGCAGGUUCGCGGGGGUGCGCAGGUUCUGCACGAGGAGGCUUUGCUUCUCAUCGUAGCUCUGGCGAAUGCGGCCGGCUCCAGCUUCGAGCGCUUUAUGCCGCAUUUCGCUCCUCACCUCCAGGUCGGACUUCAGAACUACGAGGAGGUGCAGGUUUGUCUGACGACCACCCGGAUGGUCGGAGACCUGUGCACGGCGCUGGAGGGCAAGAUCGUGAGCUAUUGCGACACGAUCUUGCAGAUCCUGUACACCAACCUCCGAAACCCGGCGGUGGACCGCAAGAUCAAGGCAGCCGUGAUGACGAGCUUCGGUGACAUUGCCAUGGCCAUCACUGGCGACUUCGAGCAGUACCUCGGCCCGGUGGUGCAGAUGCUCCGGGAAGCCUCCUCCACGAGGUUGGCCGAUGGUCCCGCCGACAGCGAAGAGUGGGUCGAGUACCUGAACAGCCUCCGAGAAGGAGUUCUGGAAGCGUACUCCGGAAUCAUCCACGGGCUUAAAGAGUCCGGUAAGCUGCACCUCUUCAAGGAGCACGUCAACACGGUGCUGAUGCUCGUCAAAGAGAUCAGCGAGGAUCCGACGACGCAGCUGCCCGUGAUCAAGGCGGCGGUGGGAGUGGUGGGCGACCUGGUCCUCGUCUUCCAAACCGAGCUGACGGCCUACGUGGGCAAAGCCCCGUUUCUCGUGCAGCUCGUUCAGGCAGCUUUGAGGAGCCAGGAUCCAAAGCUGCUGCAGAGUGCGCAGUGGCUACAAGGCAUGCUCAUGAAGCUUCGGUCUCAGAUUCCGCGAAGCCGCCGUAGUUCGAUGUGA